AUCUCCAUCGAGAAGCUUUCGGAAAUCAAAUUCAGAGUCAUCGAGCGAAUGAUGAACCGAUGCGUUCACGAGAAUUGCUUGGUGCAACCGUACAUGGCCUGGGUGUUGGCAAACGCAGUCCCUGUCUUCAUCGGAUCAGUUCUCGUCACAUAUGUCGCACCCGUAGCAGCCGGGAGUGGUAUCCCAGUGAUAAAAUGCUACCUGAACGGCGUGAAAGUUCCUGAAGUGGUCAGGAUAAAAACCCUCAUUGUCAAAGCGAUCGGGGUGAUCCUAAGUGUGGUAGGAGGCCUAGCUGUCGGGAAGGAAGGUCCCAUGAUUCAUUGCGGAGCCGUGAUAGCUGCUGGAAUCAGUCAAGGGAAGAGUACCUCUCUGAAAAAAGAUUUCCGCAUCUUCCACGAGUUCAGACAAGACCACGAGAAACGAGACUUCGUGUCUGCCGGAGCCGCUGCGGGUGUCGCGGCCGCUUUCGGAGCGCCCGUCGGCGGAGUGCUCUUCUCUCUGGAAGAAGGAGCGUCGUUCUGGAAUCAAGCACUGACAUGGAGAAUUUUCUUCUGCUCAACUGUCAGUGCUUUUGUGUUAUCCUUCUGCUUAUCGAUCUAUCACGGUGAGCCAGGUGUAUUGUCCAGCACCGGUUUGUUGAACUUCGGUACCUUCGGAAAUUCUGUGCAAUGGGAGAUCAUGGAGAUUCCUCUCUACGUCCUCAUGGGCGCGAUAGGAGGUGCUCUGGGAGCGCUCUACAACUACCUCAAUUACCGCCUUUCUGUCUUCCGGGCUCGAUUCAUCCACCAAAACUCAAUGAAAGUGCUCGAGAGUGUUCUUGUUGCCGUCAUGAGCGCCACCGUUGCUUUUAUCAUGAUCGAGCUGUCCAACGAUUGCUCCGCGCAAGAGGACGAAAAACAUACGGACAAUUCCCUCCAGUUCCACUGCAAAGACGGACGCUACUCAGCCAUCGGUCAACUAUGGUUCCAAACACCCGAAAAGUCCGUGCAGUCGCUCUUCCACAUGUCGCAAGGGACCUGGUCUCCUUACACCCUUAUGCCUUUCUUCCUAGUCUAUUUUAUCUUGAAUUGUUGGACCUACGGGUUGUCGGUGUCGUCUGGAGUCUUCAUCCCGACUCUGUUGAUGGGGGGUGUAUUCGGAAGGCUGUUCGGAAUGGGUGUCCGGAGCAUUGUGAACUACUGGGACUACGAUUGGGAUGUAAACUGCGGCAAAUUCGCCCUGAUCGGAGCCGCAGCCAUGCUGGGAGGCGUAGUGCGCAUGACGUUGUCGCUUUCUGUCAUUCUCAUUGAAGCCACCCGGAACAUCACUUUCUGUUUGCCCAUCGUCAUAACUCUCAUCGUCGCUAAAUGGGUCGGCGACUAUCUCUUCGAGGGUCUCUACGACUUCCACUUCCAGCUGGCGAGGGUUCCGUUCCUAAAUUGGGAAGCUCCGAAUGAAGGACACCAUAUAUACGCGAGCGAAAUUAUGGCUUUCCCUGUCACCACGCUUCCGCCCGUUAUCAAAGUAGGCGAUCUGAUGGACAUUCUCUCCAAGACAACGCACAAUGGUUUCCCAGUGACAGACGGCUGUCCAGACCCCGUGUCAGACCUCAAAAGCGGUCUUUCUGUCAACAGACCGAAGCACUUUGGAACAUUCCGAGGAUUGAUUCUACGUGACCAGCUGAUUGUACUCCUGCAAAACAAGAUCUUCAACGAGAGCGUCGACAUCGUGUGGUCCCGUGUGGGAAGUCGUGAUUUCCGGCAGCCGUAUCCCCGAUACGCGAGCGUCAACCAAGUUCACGUUUCGCUCAUGGAGAGAAACUUCCACAUCGAUCUGAGACCGUUCAUGAAUUUCUCAGCCUACAGUAUAUCGCAUAACUCCUCUCUCUUCCGGAUUCAUAAAUUGUUCCGGGCGCUUGGUCUUAGACAUCUGACGGUGGUCAACGAUCAGAACGAAGUAGUUGGAAUGAUCACUCGGAAAGACCUGGCUGUUUUCCGAACUCACAAUAGAUUCGGUAAAACGACUCUCGAGACCCUCCAUGUCUCUCACGGAUAGUACGGAAUUGAGCCCCCGUGUGCUUUGUAAAAAGAAGGAAAGAUAUAGUAGAACGUCGAGCUCAAGAGUUUAGCUCGAUGCGAGCAAUCUCGAGAUGUAAAAAUUGUUACUAUGAGGUUUUUGCCAAAUCUUCCAUCGGAAGCUGGUGUGCCGAUCUCAGGCUACAUCGAAGUUGUCGAACUUUUUUCGAUUUAACGUAUGACUGUUUUACCUGCGUCGAUUAUGAGAGAUUUAUGAGGGGAACCCUAAGUACUCUCCGGAUGAAAGCGGUUUUUUACUCGACCGUGGAACUCAAGAAACCCUCUGCGGAAUUGAGGGUUCGGAAUUUCAGGCCGAAGAUUUGUAUCAUAUAAGCUUAUAAAACGCCACAAGGAGGUGGAAUAAAGAUCAUCUGA